UCGAAUUGCCAUGCAAUGCCAGCCACGGAUUAUCUCCAGACGUCAUAUCUCUGUACACUGUCGUCUACAGAGAAGUCGAUUACUGUGACCUACGCAACCUACUCCAGGGUUAUCGGGACAUUUAAACUAGAGUUCCGCAGCUGCACAACUAGACAGGCGACACAGCCCGACACCAGCAUGCCGUCCUUCGUCCUUCUGCUAGCAGCCUCCUGUCUGGCCCUGGUGUAUGGUCAGGACACCACGUCCUGCAGUACGGCCACCGAGUGUCCAUCCUACAUGUGCUGCCAGCAGGUCAAAUCCUGGCCCCAGGGACAGAUUGGCAAGAGAGCCCUAGGGGAGUGCAGGCCCAUAAAGACACAGGGACAGAGUUGCUGGGUGAAGAACAAGCCUCUUGACGGCACGCGGCCCCUGCAGGUUAUGGACGAGUGUCCGUGUGAGUCGGGACUCAGAUGUGUCGGCAUCGGCGCCACCGUCGUGCCAUAUGGAGAAGCAGGCAACUGCGCGAUGUGAGGAUCACAACGUUGUCAUAACCGGCAUUACGUGGGACGAUCGUUUAAUAAAGAUCAUAAUAUA